AUGCUUGUUAUCAAGGAUUUACCCCUGGAUAUACCUCAGGACGAUCGUCUUCCAGCAAAUCUUUCGGUGCUGCGAAAUGAAGCAGCUAUAACUACCGUGAAUUAUUCUAAUUCAUCUCUUCUCAAUAGUUUUGAUGCGCAUUUGCAAUUUGCGAGCGCGCUUCUCAAAUAUGCCACUGAAUCGUCGAGCUCCGAUUUCGAUGAGCUCCAGUGCACGGUAAUCACAAAUAUGGCUUAUUUCCUGCAACAAAUUGCAGAAGGUCUGGCACAAAGAGCCUUUACUGAAGAUUCCAAGGAAGCAUGGGCAAGUAGCGGGUUAUACAACAAAAAUGCGAUAGGACUUCUACAGUUUUUGCGUCAACUGGACCUUGCUAACACCACUCAAUCUUUGGGAUUGGUCCAAACUUAUACCAAGUGUUGGACGGUAUCGCAGCAACUGGGCGUGGUCAUGCUAUCGCUAUCCAAGCUCAGAUCCCGUAUUUUUGAUUCGAACACCAAUGAUGGCGGUUUGAAAGCGAAAAAAUCAAGUGGCAUGCGUUACGAUCGGCUCCUAGAAUUUCAAGAAUCGGAUCUGAAGGACCUGGCCAAAUCAAGUCUCCUUUACGCCCGUUUGUGCAUCGGAUGUCGAGCUACGUGCUCACAAUUAGCCAAUACUCAUGUUUCCAGUGCAUGUGAGCCCUUGAUUCAAUAUCUCGAUGCCCUCACUUUUAUUUUGCUGUCACUGGACCGCUACAAAAAUGAUGAUUGUGGGAGCGCCAUUGGUAUGUUGGAAGCAGCAACCGAUUGUCUGUCUGCGGGGCUAAUCACUCCAAAGCAGCUCAAGCUGAUACAAGAAACAAGAAAAUUGAAGCAUAAAUUCUCAGCAAAAUGGAGUGAACUCAAGUCGGAAAGCUCAAGCAUGACAGCUAAGCUCAAUCCUUUUAAAAAACAAAACGAUUCUAAACAGGCGAGGCUUCAUCAUUUUCUGCAGUAUACUUUGGAGGAUUUCAUUAUUCCCUUGAUGAUUCUAUUGCAUUACCGGUACUUAAAAACUAACGAUAAGGUAUUUUUCCAGCCCAUAGUCCGAGACCGCCAAACACUGUUGAACACAUGGCCGCAAGGUAAGGUUCCCGAGCUAGCGGGCACAACGUGGAUUUUUGACGGAGAAAAACUCCGAGAGCAGAAUGACGUUGCAGCUAACGAGUACUAUUGA